GCGCCCGCCUUUCUCCCUGCAGAGCCCAGGGCUCUGUCCUGCUAGGUGCCCAUGGGCUGGACUAUGAGGCUGGCCACGGCAGCCCUGCUCCUGGGCCUCGCGAUGGUGGUCACGGGAGAGGAGGAGGAGAACAACCUGUGCGUGUACGAGGCCCUGCCUGAGAACGACGCUGUCUUCUGCAAGGGCCUUAAGGUAUUCUACCCAGAGUUGGGGAACCUGGGCUGCAUGGUUGUUCCUGAAUGCAACAACUUCAGACAGAAGAUCACCUCCUGGACCGAGCCCAUCGUCAAGUUCCCUGCGGCCUUGGACGGUGCAACCUACAUCCUGGUGAUGGUGGAUCCAGAUGCCCCCAGCAGGUCUUCUCCCAAAGCUCGAUUCUGGAGACAUUGGCUGGUGACAGAUAUCAAGGGCGCUGACAUGAAGAAAGGGAAGAUUCAGGGCCAGGAGUUAUCGCCCUACCAGCCUCCCUCCCCACCAUCACAGAGUGGCUUCCAUCGCUACCAGUUCUUCGUCUAUCUUCAGGAAGGAAAGACCAUCUCUCUCCUUCCCACAGAAAACAAAACUCGAGGCUCUUGGAAAAUGGACAAAUUUCUGAGCCGCUUCCACCUAGGCGAACCUGAAGCCAGCACCCAGUUCAUGACCCAAAAUUACCAGGACACGCUAAAUCACCAGACUCAGGGAGGAGGAAGCAGGGAGCCCAAGGACAAACCUGAACCGAGAUAACUGCCCACCAGACCUCAGGCUUCACGUUGCAGGUGUGUCCACAGUGCUCACCCCCCAUGCUCUAGGUGUGGAACCCUCUCCGAGUAUGGAACCCUUUCUCUUCUGAAUUAAAAAAAGAAUCAUCCAGGGCUUAAA